GCGAAAGCUUCCAAGUUUUGCUUUAAAGUUGGAACUCAAAUAAAAAAAAAAACUUUUUCAAAUAAAAUUUUGAAUCUUUCCUCCAACAUUUCAUUCUCCUCCUUUAGUAACAAAAAAAAAAAAAAAAUCUUGCAUUAAUUAAUGGCUUCCCCAAAUCUGUGAGCUCUUUACCCUUCGUUGAGUGUUGUUUGUUUGAAUUGAACAAAUGAAGAAGUCUAAACUCGAAAACUCCGCCGGACAUACACGGUUCGGUCUCGUUCAGUUCCUACUAGCUCUUCUCCUCUUCUACUUCCUCUGCAUGAGCUUCGAGAUCCCUUUCAUCUUCCGAACCGGGUCCGGGUCCGGGUCCGACGACGGGUUGCCGAGACAGAUGGUUGUCGUCGGUAGAGAACCAAACCGAGCUAUCAUCGGAGAAGAAGAACACCCGCAGCAUCGACACUUCAAGAACCCGGGUCGGGUAAACCGGGUGGGUCAGUUCAAAACCGUCUCCGAACUCUUCGCCAACGAGAGCAUUUUAGUAACCGAUGAGCUCUCCACCUUCGACGAGACCGUGAAGCAUGCGAUCUCAACGGGGAGGAAAAUGUGGAGCGAGCUCGAGUCCGGUUUAACCGUCGAACCGAAUCCGGUUAAAGAAAACCGGACGGAGAAAUGUCCGGAAACUGUUUCGGUUAACGGAGACGAGUUCUUGAACCGGAGCGGGAUCUUGGUUUUGCCGUGCGGGUUGACGCUGGGAUCUCAUGUAACCGUCGUGGCGACGCCGCACUGGGCGCACGCGGAGAAAGGUGAUGGGACGAGGAUGGUGACGCAGUUCAUGAUGGAGCUUCAGGGGUUGAAGGCGGUGGAGGGGGAAGACCCGCCUCGGAUCCUCCAUUUCAACCCGAGGGUUAGGGGUGACUGGAGUGGGAGGCCGGUGAUUGAGCAGAACACUUGUUAUCGGAUGCAGUGGGGCUCUGCUUUGCGAUGUGAUGGUCACGAGUCUAGUGGUGAUGAAGAGACUGUUGAUGGAGAGGUUAAGUGUGAGGGGUGGAAGAGAGAUGAUGAUUCUGAUGAGUCAAAGAAGACAUGGUGGUUGAAUAAGUUUAUGGGACGGAGGAAGAAGUUAACACAUGAUUGGGCAUACCCUUUUGAAGAAGGGAAGCUCUUUGUUCUUACCCUUCGAGCUGGGAUGGAAGGUUACCACAUCAGCGUUGAUGGAAGACAUAUCACAUCUUUCCCUUACAGAACCGGGUUUGUUCUAGAGGAUGCUACUGGACUAGCUGUCAAGGGGAACAUUGAUGUGCAUUCUAUAUAUGCUUCCUCUUUACCUUCCACAAACCCGAGUUUUGCUCCUCAGAAGCAUCUCGAGAUGCAGAGCAUGUGGAAAGCUCCUGCGUUACCUGAGAAGCCUGUAGAGCUGUUCAUCGGUAUUCUCUCUGCUGGUAACCAUUUUGCAGAGAGAAUGGCUGUGAGGAAGUCAUGGAUGCAGCAGAAGCUAGUCAGAUCAUCCAAAGUUGUUGCCCGGUUCUUUGUGGCAUUGCACGCAAGAAAGGAAGUCAAUGUGGAUCUAAAGAAAGAAGCUGAGUACUUUGGUGAUAUUGUCAUAGUACCGUACAUGGACCACUAUGACCUUGUUGUACUCAAGACCGUUGCCAUCUGCGAAUAUGGGGCUAGCACAGUGGCGGCAAAGUAUAUUAUGAAGUGUGAUGAUGAUACGUUUGUGCGAGUAGAUGCUGUGAUCCAGGAAGCAGAGAAGGUUAAGGGAAGAGGUAGCCUUUAUAUUGGAAACAUUAACUUCUACCAUAAGCCUCUGCGUACUGGGAAAUGGGCUGUGACAUAUGAGGAAUGGCCAGAAGAGUAUUAUCCACAUUAUGCAAAUGGUCCGGGUUACAUCUUGUCAUAUGAUAUAGCUAAGUUCAUCGUUGAUGAUUUUGAACAGCAGAGAUUAAGAUUAUUCAAGAUGGAAGAUGUGAGCAUGGGAAUGUGGGUGGAGAACUUCAACGAGACUAGACCGGUGGAGGUGGUUCACAGCCUGAGGUUCUGCCAGUUUGGAUGCAUAGAAGACUACUUCACUGCUCAUUACCAGUCGCCACGGCAGAUGAUUUGCAUGUGGGAUAAGCUGCAGAGACUCGGGAAGCCCCGUUGCUGCAACAUGAGAUGACAUAACAUUGUUUUUUGGCCUGAUUCUGGAAUUUUGGAAGAAGCAGAGGAGAGUUUAUGGAGCUAACUGUAUUAGAUCUUUGUUUAUGUAUAGAACAAUCUAUAAUGUAUCUAUAUAUAAUAUCCAAUGAAAGGCUCUUCAAAAGUUGACAGAA